CUUCUCCCUCGUAAAGUAGGGGCCAAGCGUACCUCAUCGCCGUCAUCGUGGGCCUCGGCACGGCCCUAUUUCUGCUGCUCAUUCCAUUCCCUGCCUGCCUGCCACUCCGGCCGCGUGCUGCUAGCAUCCUAGGCACCCCUGCACUGUCCUCCACUGCACGAGCACAAUCGCGUGCGCAGCCACCACCGCGUGCUGUGCAGAGCGAAGUGGAGCGCUGGUUGGUCGAUGCGAGCAUGGAGACCCCGUCGUCGACGUGCGACGAGGGCUCGGAGGUCGACGCGCGCUCGCACUCCGACUUUGACGACCUGGACCGACCGCGGGGCCACUGCCGGGAGGCCUCCUCCGACGUGUCCUCCGAGUGCAGCGGGGAGCCCGGGAGCCCGUACGGCUCGCCUUACCCGCGCUGGCCGGUAUGCACGCUCGCCGCGCGGAUGCCGCAGCCGCCGCUGCUGAAGAGGCUCAGCACGACGCGGCGCGGCUGCGGCGUGCGUGACAGGAAGGCCGGCGACGGUGAGCUGCAGCUAAUAAAAGAGAGGUUCUCGAAGCUUCUCCUGGGGGAGGACAUGUCGGGGAGCGGAAAGGGGGUCUCCACCUCCGUUGCCAUCUCCAACGCCAUCACCAACCUCUAUGCGACUGUUUUUGGGAGCUGCCACAGGCUGGAGCCCCUGCCGGCGGAGAAGAAGUCCAUGUGGCGACACGGGAUGGACUGCCUGCUCUCUGUCUGCGACUACAUCGUCGAGUUCUUCCCAUCCAAGGAGAUCUUGCCCGACGGCACUACCCGAGAGGUGAUGGCGACCAGGCCGAGGUCCGACAUCUACGUCAACCUCCCCGCCCUCGAGAAACUCGAUGACAUGUUGCUUGAGAUUCUGGACAGCUUUCAGAAGACUGAAUUUUGGUAUGUGAACGACAAGGGGCAUAAAGAUGACUCCGCCGCGACGCCGUGCCGUCCGGUGAACCACCGCGGAGAGGACAAGUGGUGGCUGCCCGUGCCGUGCGUCGCUAAGCCCGGGCUGACGGAGCCGGCGCGGCGAGACCUGCAGCAGAAGCGUGACUGCGCGAUCCAGAUCCACAAGGCGGCCAUGGCCAUCAACAAUGGCGCUCUUGCGGAGAUACGUAUUCCUGACCUGUACAAGCAAGCACUACCCAAGGUAAAUAUCAAGUCUUUUGAUGACAAGGAUUGCAAUUCAUUAGCAUCGCUGAAUCUUGAAAAUUCUGAAUUCCGAUUUCAGUGCGGGCGGGCGAGCGUGGGGGACUUGAUCUACCGGCACAUGUCGUUCCCAGGCAAGUUCUCGCCGGAGUACCUCCUCGACUGCCUGGAGAUCUCGUCGGAGCACGAGGCCCUCGAGGCGGCCGACCGCGUGGAGGCGGCGAUGCACGUGUGGCGGCGGAAGGCGAGCCAGAGCCACUCGAGGUCACCCUGGAGCGCGGUCAAGGACCUGAUGGAGUCCGACAAGAACGUGAUGCUGGCGAGUCGCGCCGAGGACGUCCUGCUCUGCCUCAAGCAGCGCUUUCCCGGUCUCUCGCAGACCACGCUCGAUGCCAGCAAGAUCCAGUACAACAAGGAUGUUGGGCAGGCAAUCCUGGAGAGCUACUCGAGGGUGCUGGAGAGCCUGGCGUACAACAUCGUUACGUGUAUAGAUGACGUUCUCUUCGCCGACGAGGCCGCCAGAAAGAUAGCAUGAGUGAAUGAGUCAUCAUUUGUUCAUCCUUCCUUCCUGGUCCGGAAACCAAAAUAAGGGUCCAUGUCCAUGAUCCAUCCACAGCAUGUACAUUAUGCCAUGACUCGUAGCAGUACCAUUGGAAGAUAGCAUAAGCAGUUGAGAGCACAGCAGUCUACUCGCCUAGCUAGCCAUGCCUGGGGUUUCAUUGGUUCAUUCCAAUGGUCCCUCAGGGCCUUGCAUUCUCUAUCAUCACCAUGGGUGUCACAAGUCACAGCUAUGUGAUUGCAGUAUCAGCUGUGAGUUGUGACCUCUGAAUCUUUUGGUAUUGGAGCGUGGGCAUGGCUAUUGCCUCACAAGUUCAUAAAUCAUACUC